AUGUCGCAAACCUACAGUUUACCGCCAAAACCUCUUCCUUUAGAGGUUGACUCCAAAAAUGGAGGAGAUAGGCCGAAUUAUGUCAUCUUUAUGCCUGAUCAAUUGCGAUACGACUCUCUCGGCUGCACAACUGGCCCCGACUCAGAGAUCAAGACCCCGAACAUUGAUGCAUUUGCCGCACGAGGAAGUAUAUUCACAAAUUGCUUCACCCAAGCUUCUGUGUGCUCUCAAUCGCGAUGUAGUAUGUUUACAGGAACAUACCCUCACGUCAGCGGUCACAGAAGUCUUGAUAAUCUCAUCAAGCCUUGGGAACCCAAUGUCUUUCGCAGUCUGAAGGAGUCUGGAUAUCAUGUCGCUUGUCUUGCACCUCGUGGUGACACGUUUGCGCCUACAGUCACUGAAUUGAGUGUGACCGAGUACGGAUUUCUGGAAACACCGGAGUUCACACCAAAGUUCGCUGGUGGUGGACGAGAGGUUGAUGAGAGCAUUUGGGGUCGACUGUUCUACCGUGGAGUGAGGGAUGCAGACAAGACUCUUGACUACGAUGAAGCUGUUGUGGGAUCGGCAUUGACUUGGCUGGACUGCCCUCCCACCGAUAAGCCAUGGGUGCUGUUUAUGCCUCUCAUCUUUCCUCAUUGCCCUUUCCAAGUUGAAGAACCGUACUUUUCUAUGUAUGAUCGAUCAAAGGUCUCGGAUGUCGAGGCCACGAUUGAUAAGAAGACUGGAUAUGAACCUCGGUACAUGAAGUCAAUCAGGGAGAAAUAUGGUACACAACGUGCCACACCUGAGAUAUGGAGAGAGAUCAAGGCGACCUAUUACGGUAUGAUCACCCGACUGGACGAUCAGUUCGGCCGUGUUCUGAACAAGGUCGACGAACUGGGCAUGUGGAAGGAUACCGUUACCAUGUUCUUUACGGAUCACGGUGAGUACUUGGGAGACCAUGGACUUAUCGAGAAGUGGCCUUCGGGUCUCUCCGAGACCUUGGUGCACGAACCUCUCAUUGUCGGUGGUGCGGGGCUACCAGAAGGAAAGAGGAUCGAUGCCAUGACAGAAAUGGUUGAUCUCGUACCGACUAUGCUGGAGAUGUCAGGAAUCGGAGAGUCAUUUGCUCACAACGGCCUCUCCUGGGUUCCUCUUCUUUGCAAAGAUGCAAAAACCCACAAACAGUACGCAUUCUCCGAAGGCGGGUUCCUCGCAUCCGAAGAGCCCAUUCUCGAACAGGCUCUGUAUCCAUACGAUCUCAAAGCCGGUCUCCAACACGAAGAUACCACUUUGGUCGGAAAGGCAAUUUCACUUCGCGACGAGAACUGGACCUACGUAUAUCGACUGUAUGAGCCAGCUGAGUUGUAUCAUCGACAUAAUGACCCCCAUGAGCUUCAUAACCUGGCUCAAGAUCCUCAACAUAAGGAGCUGGCAGAUAAAUACGAGAAAGCUACGUUGAAGUGGCUGUUGGAAGGAGCAGAUGUUAUGCCAUGGACGAAGGACCCUAGAUUUCCGGAGGUAAACUUGAAGAGUCCACAGGAGCAGAUGGAGGAGAGAUUAAAGAAGGUUCAAAGUUAG